GUCAUGGGAUUUGUUUGGAGCUUUUGGAUACACUCAUGCUCGAUGGGAUGACGGCCACCGCAGACACUUAGUGGAUUUUUCUGGAAUCUGUUUUCGGUUCUUUUCUUCGUUUUUUAACCCGUGUCGUCUUUCCUCUCUCGCUCUCUCUCGCUCUCUCCCGCUCUCUCCCGCUCGCUACGGAUGAAGUUUUUCUUUUUGGGUUUUCCCUUUUAUUUGUUGUUCGAGGAGUGACUCAUCCCAGCUGUUCUCACGUUCCAGGAGAGAGAGAGAGAGAGGGAGCAGAACGGGGAGCGGCGUAAUUGAAAUCUGCUCAUUAUAGAGGGUUGUGUGCGUUACUGUGUUUUUCCGUCGGAGAGAGGGAACACGUUCGCGUCAGAGAGAGAGAGAGAGAGAGAGCGAGAGAGAAGGUGGGGAUAGAGCAUGCUCGAGUAAGAUGAUGAAGGAUUUCUGUGUGUAGAAAAGUUGGUCAGGUUUGACGGUGUGUAUCAGGGUGUGUUGGGUAGAGGAUUUCAAAGGAUGAGCCGUCUGUGAGGAGAUGCGCACACACACACGCACACACACACACUGAGGUGCUGCUGACGGUCUGUCAAACAAGCUCAUUGGAUUAUUAGGGACGGACUGCAGAAAAAAAGGAUUACUGAAAGAGAGAAAGUGCGGCAAAAAGGAGAAAACGAGAGAAGGAUGAGGUACUUUGGCAGGGAGGUGGAGGUGGAUGGAGGCGUGAGGCUGGUGAUGGAGAGCUCUCUGUCAGCGAGGGAUAGGGUGGGUGUGCAGGAUUUCCUGCUUCUGGACAACCACACGAGCGAAGCGGCUUUCAUCGAGAACCUGCGGCGGCGUUAUAAAGAGAACCUCAUAUACACGUAUAUCGGCUCGGUGCUGGUGUCGGUGAAUCCGUACAAAGAGCUCGGAAUCUACUCCAAAGCAAACAUGGAGCGCUACAGAGGAGUCAACUUCUAUGAGAUUUCACCACACAUCUUCGGCUUGGCGGAUAACUCGUACCGUGCCCUGCGCACCACGCGUAAGGAUCAGUGCAUCCUGAUCUCAGGAGAGAGCGGGGCAGGAAAGACAGAGGCAUCGAAAAAAAUCCUGCAGUACUACACCGCAACCUGCCCCACACGCAACAACACACACUCCAUCCGAGAGAGGCUGCUGCAGUCCAUCCCCGUGCUGGAGGCGUUUGGGAACGCCAAAACGUUGCGUAAUGACAACUCCAGCCGCUUCGGAAAAUACAUGGAUUUGCAGUUUGACUACAAGGGUGCCCCGAUCGGCGGCCACAUCCUGAACUACCUUCUGGAGAAGUCUCGGGUGGUGCACCAAAACCACGGAGAGAGGAACUUCCACAUCUUCUACCAGCUGCUGGAGUCAGGGGACAGCUCGCUGCUGACGAGGCUGGGGCUGGACAUGACCAACCCACAGCACUACCGCUACCUGGUGAAGGGCAACUGUCCAAGGGUGAGUACCAUCAGCGAUAAGAGCAGCUGGAAAGCUGUAAGCAAAGGUCUGACCGUCAUUGGCUUCAACGAGGAGGAAGUGGAGGAGCUACUGAAGGUCGUUGCGAGUGUUCUGCAUUUGGGAAACACCCUGUUUGGAGAGGAUGAGUACGGGCAGACACACUUCACCACGGAGACUCCGCUCACAUACCUCACAGAGCUGCUGGGUGUGGAAGGCUCAGCUCUGAGUGAAGCUCUUACUCAUAAGAAGAUUGUUGCUAAAGGAGAGGAGAUGAUUGGCCCGCUGACCCUCGAGCAGGCUCUCUCGGCUCGAGACGCCCUGGCCAAAGCCAUAUAUGGUCGUACUUUUACUUGGCUUGUCCAGAAGAUCAACCAAUCACUGGCCUUUCAGGACGAAGUGUACUACACCAGCAGAUGCUCCUCGGUAAUCGGACUUCUGGACAUCUACGGCUUUGAGGUCUUUCAAAGCAACAGUUUUGAACAGUUCUGUAUCAAUUACUGCAACGAGAAGCUUCAGCAGCUUUUCAUCGAAGUCACGCUGAAGAGCGAGCAAGAGGAGUACGAGGCUGAAGGCAUCGGGUGGGAGUCGGUGGAAUACUUCAACAACAAAAUCAUCUGUGACUUGGUGGAGGAGAAAUUCAAAGGCAUCAUUGCGAUCCUGGAUGAAGAGUGUUUAAGGCCAGGGGACGCCACUGACAUCACCUUCCUGGAGAAGCUCGAGGACAGUCUGGGAGGCCACGCCCAUUUCAUGACACAUAAACUGGCCAAUGGGAAGAGUCGCAAGGCUGUAGGGCGGGAGGAGUUUCGGCUGCUACACUAUGCCGGAGCGGUCAACUACAACGUGAAUGGGUUCCUGGACAAAAAUAAUGACCUUCUGUACAGGAACCUAAAAGAGGUGAUGUGCCAGUCUAGGAAUUCAAUAGUAAAGCAGUGUUUCCAUCCAGAUGAACUGACAGACCAGAGGAGACCAGAAACGGUAACACACACACACACACACACACACACACACACACACACACACACACACACUACUACUACUACUACUCUCUCUCUCUCUCUCUCUCUCUCUCUCUCUCUGAGCCAGCUUUUGUGUUUCCAGGCUGCUACCCAGUUUAAGCUGAGUUUGGCCAAGCUAAUGGAGAUUCUGAUGUCUAAGGAGCCGUCAUACGUCCGCUGCAUCAAACCCACUGAUACCAAACAACCAGAAAGGUUUGAGGAGGUGUUGGUCAGACACCAGGUGAAGUACCUGGGCUUGAUGGAGAAUCUGAGAGUAAGAAGAGCAGGAUUUGCAUACAGACGAAGCUUCGAGGCCUUCCUACAAAGGUAUAAACCUCUGUGUCCAGACACUUGGCCAAACUGGCAGGGAAAACUAUCAGAUGGUGUCUCUACCCUAGUCAAACACCUGGACUACAAACCAGAGGAGUACAAACUGGGCAGGUCCAAAAUCUUCAUCCGUUUCCCAAAAACACUCUUCCGGACUGAGGACGCUCUGGAGCUCAAGAAACCAACCAUCGCUAUCACAUUACAGAAAUGCUGGAGAGGCUACAGGGAAUGGGCCAAAUACCAACGCAUCAGACAUGCAACAAUCACGAUCCAGUCAUGGUGGAGGGGGGUCAAAGGGCGCAGGAGAGCCAAACGCCGCAGACAAGCAGUAGACACCAUCCGCACGUUAAUAAAAGGCUUCAUUCUGAGGCACGAGCCUCGUUGUCCCGAUAACGAGUAUUUCUUGGACCAUGUACGCUUCUCAUAUCUGAUGACCAUCAAGAGGAACCUACCAAAGAGUGUUCUGGACAGGACUUGGCCAGUACCACCACCGUCACUCGAAGAGGCCUCGGUGUACAUCCACCGUCUGUGUAUACGCAACAUGGUGAAUGACUACUGCAGGAAAAUCCAACCCGAGUGGAAGAACCAGUUGGAGCAGAAGGUUGUAGCCAGUGGUAUGUUUAGGGGUCAGAAGGACAGCUACCCUCAAAGUGUCCCUAGGCUUUUUGUGGGCACCAGGCUGGAGAACGAAGAGAUCAAUCUGAAAGUGCGACAGACUCUCGGAAGUGAAAACAAAGUGAAGUAUGGUGUGCCAGUCAUCAAGUACGACCGGCACGGAUACCGUGCCAGGCCGCGGCAGCUGCUGAUGACCGGCUCCUCUGUUGUCCUUGUUCAGGAGUCGAAAAUCAAGCAGCGCAUUGACUACGGUUCACUGCUGGGCAUCUCAGUCAGUUCCCUCAGUGAUGGCUUUUUUGUCCUGCAUGUGCCCACUGCUGACAGCAAGCAGAAGGGCGACCUGGUGCUGCAGAGUGACCACGUGAUCGAGGCCGUCACCAAACUGGCUGUCAUGUCGGACAAGAUACACGUCGUCAACGUCAGUCAGGACAGUAUUAGGUUUGCAAUAGCCCGGGGCAAAGAGGGCAUCAUUGACUUCACCUGUGGGGCAGAACUACGAGUGGUCAAAGCCAAGAAUGGACACCUGGCUGUGACGGCCCCACGAAUCAACAGCAGCGUAUGAUCGCGUGUCGACCAAUCACCGCUCACUAUGAAGAAGCGUUCAUCACGGUGGACCGAUCACACACUGAAGAAUAAUCUGCUUAUGCCAAUCGCCACACAGUCGCCACACUUUAUAACAGACUGUCACGCUGAAGUGAAAGUUAAGCUCGUGUUUUGUUUUGAUAAUUCGUUCCAAACGAGCGCCACCUAACGUUUAAACCUUUCUUUUUCUUUUUUAAAAAAAAAUGAUUAUAAUUGUUUGAUUUGAUUUUCACAGUAAAAGCACUUAGCAUCCAGACUAAUGAAAUGAAUUCUUCACCAGUUAUGAUGAUUGUUUUAGUUCAUACAGACUUUUAAACUUUUUUUUAAUGAUGCUCUGUGACUUUUACACACGCCGUGUAAUUAGCCUGAAAAUCUCGCACUUUCUUUAUUGUCUUCGGUGGAGUGCAGAGGACAAGCUUUAAGACAUCUGUUACAUGUUAUUCUGAGUCAGUAAACCACAGUUCACUUCCUGUAUUCAUUUCCUUUCCCCUUGCUUGCUGGCACCGGAGGCGAGAUUGCAACGCGGGUCUGAAACACGGCGUACUGUACAGUCAAAGGGCCGAGUGUGUUUAACGUGUAGAGUGCAGGAAGUUCACAAAUCCUUCCAUCCAUUUGGCAGUGUCAGGACGUGUGACGAAGGACGACGAGCGGAUCUCUAUCUCCUAUGUUGGAAGGUGAGGAGAAGCGAGCUGUUAGAAACGGUGACGUUGCUACAAGUUUCGACCAGGUGACCAGAAACAAGCGCAAGAUAGUUUCAGGAAGGACAGAAUGAGUCAAGACGAAGUCUUGGAGCAAGUGUAAUUAUUCAGCAGGGCUACAUCACCGCUCAGAAAUCCAACUCAAGCUGUCAGACCUGUUUAGAGUCUUAAUACAAGUACUAACACACGUUUACCUCAGCUGGUCUACCGCAGAGCAAAAGAAGACGUCUAGAUAGAUCUCUACACGUGCUUGCACUCAUAGGGAAACAGCUGAACGAGGGAAACCGUUCUAACAAAGAAACAAACAACAACCUUUCAUAACUGUGAAGGCUUUAAAAGAAGCAAUUUGUCAAGAAUUCUUGAGUAAUCUCUAAAUAAAUUCCAAAAAUGCCCAAA